AUGCGAGAUUAUCCUAUACUAGUUGCUUCUUCGUGGUUCAUAGCUGGAGAUUUCAGUUGCGUACGUAGAGUCACUGAACGUCAAGGGGGACGGGUCCCUCGGGCCCAUCACAUGGAGACGUUCAAUGAUUUUAUUUUUCAUGCGGCCCUCAUUGAGCCUUCUACUUUUGGCGAGGUCUGGACGUGGUGCAACAAAAGACAAAGAGGCGCAAGGAUAUAUGAGCGCAUCGAUCGUUACUUCACAAAUAACAUUGCAAUAGUACAAUGUCCCAUAUUAGUCACACUCCUACCUCGAUAUAGGUUAGAUCACACGCCGAUCCUUAUUCUCCCUCACUCAAGAGCUAGUACCCUUUGA